GCCAGAAGGACUGGUUGAUCGGAGGUGUCCUGAGGUUUCCCAGCCAACUCGGGAGCAGCAGACAAUCUCGCAUUGUCCCCUGGCUGCAGCAUGGGGCAGGGGAGCUGCUGGGCCGAGCGCCCCACGCCUGUGAGGGUGAGCGCUCCCCCCACCCACGCCCUCUUGGGGACAGAGGCCGAGGGCUGCCCGGCAGGGCAGGAGGAGCAUCUGUCUCCUGAACUUCCUCAGCCUCUACCUCCCCUGAACCAGCCCAUUGCCUGGCCUCCACUCCGGGCCCCACUGACUCCGAUGUGCCUCCAGGUGGAGACCCAGCCCUGCCACCGGCGCUGGAGAGCUCCUGGCCUGCUGCUGCUGCUGCUGGCACUGGCCACCGCCGCUGCUGUGGCUGGAGGGCUCCUUGGUUUCGGCCACAGCCCUCCCCAGACGCUCCGCCUGAGCCUCCCGAGCCCGGGCGUGCCCCGAUCCAACCAAACCGAGCAGGUGGAUGUGGCCCAGAACGUGGCAACCAUCUGGGUGACUCCAGCCCAGAGCAACCGCAGCUGGGCAGUGCUAUUCGACGGGCAGAGCGGCUGCGUCUGUUACCGGCCCUCGGAGCACCGGGCCUGCUUCCUGCGCCUGAUGGAACCCCAAGACCGUGAGACUCUGCAGCUGCUGGUGAACACCUCUCAGCUCCAGGCGACGCAAAGCCCCAGCCAGGACACCCACUACACCCAGGAGCUGCUGGCAGUGCUUGGGAGCCAAGAGGUGGACCCUGCCCAGGUCGGGGCUCCCGUGCGGCACCUCUGUGCCAAGACCCCCAUUUACUGGGCCCGACGCGCAGAGGGUAAGUCGGGGCAGGCUGUGCGGAGGGGCCUGGGCUCCCUUAGGACAGUCUGGGGACAGGGGGAAGGGUCCUUUGGGGUUCACAGAGCCCCCUCCUCCAGGGCCCCAGAGGCAGCGGCUGAUCUACCUAUGUAUCGACAUCUGCUUCCCAAGCAACAUCUGUGUGUCCGUCUGUUUUUAUUAUCUCCCAGACUGAGCCCCCAGCCUGGUCCCACAAGCCGGCCACCUGGCCGACCCUAUCACCAGUCCACAAGGGCAGACAGGGAUAAUAAACCACUCCACCCGGCCGUGAUUGUGUUCUCUGUGGCCUUGGGGAUGCAAAACAGGGUGGGGCAGAGCCGGGGAGGCCCCAGCUGGGGGUAA